CAGUGGCGGCUGGGCGCGCUCGAGCUCAGUCCGCGUCGACUCUCCGAUAGGGCAAGCAGCGGCGUCGGAUGUGUCGCGCGGCAUCGGUCGGCUACGGCGGCGGUGCAGCGGUCACUUGUUGCAGGAGGCGCGGCCGCGGGUGGGUGUGCGCGCACGUGCCGGCGCCGGGCCCGCACAGUGCCACGGCGGCCCGCGUCGAGCGCAGAGCGCCGCACGCGCCGGCAUGCGACGCCACCGGUAGCAUGCGGCUGCCCUUGCUGCCGCUGCUCGUGCUGCCGCUCGUGCUCGUGCGCCCGGCAGCAGCCGGGAUCUGCUGGGUGGGAAUGGACCGCGCCGGGCGCUGCAGUUCAGUGUCUGCGUUGCGCAUGACCCGCGCUGAAUGCUGUACUGGGGCCUCUCGAUCUCCCGCCGCCUGGAGCCCCAAGGAUUACGAUAGCGGCGAAAUAUUCUUCUACAAGGUUCUCUCGGGAGGAGUACCGUGUAAUGCUUGUGCAGAAUCAUGUGCCGGAAUGUCUUGCGGCGCCGGACGCCGUUGCGUGGUGAGAGGCGGUCGCGCCAAGUGUGUUUGCGCGGCGUCGUGCCGCAGAGUGAGCGCGGUGUGCGGCAGCGACGGGCAGACUUACCGCUCGCUGUGCAAAUUACGCCGACAAGCCUGUCGCAAGCCAGCUAAGCACUUGGUCGUAGAUUACCAUGGACCUUGUCAAGACUCGUGCGAUGGCGUUCGUUGCGGUGGAGGCAAGCGGUGCAUUCAAGACGCAGAGUUUGGUGUUCAUUGCGUACGAUGUAGUACGUGCAAUGUUGCGGGUUCGCUCGUUUGUGCGGUCGACGGCAAAACUUAUGCGGGCACGUGCGCGCUUAGACGCGCCGCUUGUGAGCGUGGUCGCGCCUUGCCGCUGGCUUACAAAGGACGUUGCAUAGCGAACGCGACGUGUUCGAGUGUGUCUUGUUCGAGGGGGCAGCGCUGCGUGUCGGGCGGCGCGAGCGGCGUGCGCUGCGUGUCGUGCGGCACGUGCGCCGGCGGCCGUCGCAAGCCGCUGUGCGGGUCCGACCGCCGCACCUACCCGUCCUGGUGCCGGCUGCAGCGGGCCACUUGCCGCGCUGGCCGGGUCGUGGACCCGCUGCAUCGGGGACCUUGCAAAGAAGCCGUAAACGUAACGGACAAUAUGAUGACUAAUGCGAGAGGUUUAAGCGCACUGGACAUGCACGUCCUAUAGUCAUAGACUCUUCUAGUUUUAGCGUACCAAGCUUCGUAGUCUAUUCAAUUUGCAAGUGAAACUGUAUUCGGCACCUAAGCUCUAUUGUAACAUUAACUAACAUCGUAAAAUUGAACAAUAUUGAUUAUCUUUGUUUACAACGACAUAGUAAUAUGCUUAGAGUCUAAGAACUAAGCGGCGGUAUAGAGAUACACAAGGAGAGUUUUUUUGAAUCAGUGCAGCGAGAUUAUGCAUACAGUCAAAACCGUUUACUGCGACAUCGUUUAAUACAACAUGCCGGUUAUAAUAACCAAGAACAAAGGUCCCGGCUGAAUGCCAUAUGACCGCCUUAUUAAAAAUAUUGCUUUCUACGACAUUGGUAAUAACGACAUACCUCAUAAAACGACCACAUUUAACUAAUAUUUCGGAGAAUUAGAUCUGUUAGAACGACCGGCUAAGCUGUAUUGUAAACAAUUUGAAUAGGUAUCCACAUUUGUCUUCAAUGGCUUUUAAAAUCACGAAAGAAAACAAUAGGAUUUAGUUUAGUGUAGGGUCUUUUCUAAUUCUUAGAAACAAAACACGUGCAUGCGGUAGUCAAAGUCCGCUUCUUCAUAUUUCUUCAGUUAGUUUGUUACUUAUCUAUACACAAGACGCACCAAAACUUUGUGGAGUUAUUCAUGAAACUUUAAAAAUGUCACAAAAAAAAAGAAAACAAAUUAAUAUUGAAGAAAAAUCGCGUAUUAUGUAAAUAUAUUUUUCCAAUAAUACCCUAUCGAUUUGUUUGUACUUGCACGAUACACAUUAAACAUCACCGGUUGUUACGACUAUCGGUUUUUACGACUGAAUAUGAGCAAUCCCUUCGAUGUCGUUAUAACAGAUUUUGACUGUAUUAUGUUUCAAACAAAUAAUACCUCAGUUAUUCAGACGAUGAUAAAAAUUUCUCGUCAAUGGGACGUUCAAAAGCCAAGCUGUCUUUUCAGUUGUAAAACUCUUUUACGCGGAAACUUUCGUUUACAUUAGGUACGUAAAAAUGUUGUUUUAUUCUCGCUGUUAUGUUUAAUGUUUAUUAUAUUGUACUUAUUCGAAGAACUCUUCUAGUGUAAAUAAGUCUUUAUGCCGGAAUUAAAACCUAUUCGUCAAAAAGUACGUUGAAUACAUUAGUGUUUCAUAGCGCCAGGUAGUCAGUCAUCAAAGUGCCAGGUUAUGUUGAAUUUCCAUAACAAUGUAGUCAGUGUAGAUUUUAGAAAAAUCUGUCGAACCUGAUGCACCUUUUCGAUUUUUUAUAGAUAAAUAAUAAUUAUUAUUAUAUUAGUUUUAAUAACACUUACAUUAUUAAAAUUUUGAGCACCAAAUCGUACUUAAUAUUUAGUCAAAAUAUUAAUUUUAGGUAUGUACUGGUAGUUAGCACAAUGUUUGGAUAUUAAAUAUUUCUAACUUAAUGAUUACACUGUUAUUUCCAUAUUGUUGAAAGUCGCUGUACAAACGAAGCUCUUAAUGAUGAAAUGAUUGACACAUUCAUCGGACUGACAUAAAAUGUUCUUUUAAAAUUUUUAACUUUUAGUUAUUUAAGACUUACUUCACGAAAUGCGGUUAAAGCUUAUGCAAUAUUUAUUAAUAAGUUAUGUGUAUGAUUUUAAGUGCAAUAAUUUUAUAAAAAAAAAAGUGUGGAAAUUAUGACAUAUAACAUGUUCUUGUUUUGUUUUUAGAUUUUUUUUUAUUAUUAAUUUUUUCCGUUUAAACUGGAACGCGUAUUGCUUGUUUCGAUUCGGUUUUGAACACGUUCAGAAUGUUAUAAAAAUACGUUUUCAGUAUUAUGUCGAGAUAAGAUUUUAGGACUUUAAUUUUCGAAACUUUUUUACAUUGAAAAUGAAGUGGUUUUUUUUUUGUAGGCUGUAAGUAUAAUAAUAAUUUAUUGUUUAUUUUUUAAAUAAUAUUCAAAAUGUCUCCAAUUUUCAUGGAUGUGUGUAUGUGUGUUAAACCGAGGAAUUAAUUUGUGAAAAUGUAUGCAUUGGCGUUUUUUUUUUUUUCGUAUGCUUAAAAGUGUAGAAGGCGAACGUCAAAUGGAAAGAUAGACUGCGUAAGAACGUGAUGCCAAAUUUAAGAUUAGGAACAAAAACUUUUUUUUUUUGUUGAAGCAUAAUUUUCAAACCAUGACAUUUCGAUUUAUUUGGAUAGGAGUCUUCUUUGGCUUCGAAAUUUUAUUUUUGUAUAUUUUUUUAGAUAGGUAGCAUAUUUUAAUAUGUUACGACGGUCCAUAGAGCAGUAAGCCACAAAACUAAAUUAACAAAUACGAUCUUAAUUGUGUACUUAAAACUUUCAUCAACAGUGAUAAAUUUGUACAUAGAAAAACGGUUCAAUUUUAAAAUCAUUUCCAUCAGUUGAAGCCCCAUCGAACUUUUCAACUGUAUCGAACAGCUUAAGAAAGAUAUUUGAGAUAUCAUUGAAGCAUAUAACAGAACUAAUCAUUGUGAAAACAUGUUAAAAGACAUUACCUAAAUCGAACGAAGCGACUUUAAUUAUUUUCACAAAAAAAAUUGUUUAAACAACACUAUUUAAUAAUUUCUCAAUUUAAUGUUAACGAAACACUCUAAAAUCUAAAAAUAGAUAUGAAUGGUCCCAAUGAAAAAAAGUAACAAAACAAUAUUCAAAGGGUUUUUUUUUAAUAUUCAAAACUAUUUAAUAAUUAAUAUCGAAUUUGGUACAACUAACCAUUUGGUGUUCUACGGUUAUUUAGGUAUGCACGGUCUCAUAAUCAGCACGAUUACUACUUCAACGCCUCAUUAAAUUAAAAUUAGAUUAAACAUCGUCAGAAUAGAAAAUUAAAAUGGAAAUACAUGUUAAAAAUUUUAAUGUCAUUUAUAAAUUCUAAAUUUACUAAAAAAAUUCAAGUAAAAUUUAAUAUUUUAUUUUAUUGUUCGUUUUUCAUUCAAGAUGUACAGUCGAAUAACUCAAAUAUUAUUUCGGAAGUUGGAUUUCGUAAUUGAUAGCUGGUUUCUCUUAAGUAUUUUCUCAGCUUCAGAAUCAGGAGCUGUGUAAGGCAUAGAUUGUAUAAUAAUUCUAUAAUAUUGUAAUAAAUUGUUUAAAACCCGUUAACAUAAGACUUAAAACUGUUUAAUCUAAAAUUGAUAUUGGAAUAGUAAAAUUCAUUUAUUCCUUUUUAAUGUCUGGCUUUUUGACUAAUAAAUGUUGUAGACUUCUAGUAAUCUAGAUAACUUAUAAUAUAUUGCCCUGUUUCUUCAUAAAUAUUUUACAUUGAA